ACCGAACCCGACAUCAAGGCCGACCGACAUCGCUAACUAAAGAACUACGGGGACCACAUGCACCCAAAGCGUUGCUAUUUUUCAACAUCCAUGCACAUUUCUAAUAACAUUAUUGUUAGCGAUCAAAGCACCCCAAAUCAAGUGCCUGUAUUUUCCUGUCAAUCGACGCAUGGAUAAAAGCGAUGGCCAACAAGAUCUCUCUAUUUCUAGCCGUGUUAUUUUUCACCGGGUUCAAAAUUCUAGUUUUCAUGGAACCACCAAAAGACGAAAUCUGCUGCUCUGUCAAACCGAAUCUUCGCAGCGUCCUGUUUCUGGGGUCGGUCGCGAUGUACCUAAGUAGGACGAAAAUCUUCCCGGUACGUUACCGCCAGGUUCCACUCGCGGCCCAAGCUGUUGCAGAGUUUUUCGUUUUUCUGUUGACCAUUGAAAUAGCGAUGAUUGCGGUGUGGUGUCGCAUCGAAACAUUCCUGUUUCGGCUGAUGGAGUGCGUGGCAUCCAGUGAAAAGGCUAUGCUAUACCGUGACAUGGGCGGCGAUCGAUUGGUACAAUUUAUUGUGACGCUUUGCAGUUUGAUAACGUUCGCCUUCACCGCGAUCGGAACGGGAUAUGUGAGCAUGGGCUCGCGGGUGUAUGAUCGAACCGUGGAAAAAGUCGAACGACUAUUUGCCCGAGUACGACCCCAGUCAGCUGCGGUACCGAUUUGUCCGGUACAUCUGUGCCAGUCCACGGUACUGGAGACCGACGAAGAGCAACGUAUUCCUCGGCGAUCCCCAAGAUCUCCCCAACGUCGGGAAAGUUUUCAAAUGGAUAGUAGUUUCCUGAACAGCCGGCGUUCGAGAAGGUCAUCUUCCAGAAGGCGGCGAUUAAACAGCAGUAGAUGAAAAUGUAUUUUUUAUGUUUUUAUAUUUUAGAUAUUUGAUACAUAGUUUAGAAGUUUUUUUAGUGAAUCUAACAUGUGAAAUUUCAAAAUAAACAACU